AUGGGGGAGUUAAAUAAAGAGGUUGUGGAUAUAGUUUGGGAAAGACCAGGCAGCAACAGGAUGUCCGCUUCAAUCUUUCGGAGAUGGACCCAAGGGUUGAUCUUCAGUGAGACAGAACACACAGCACUGGAGUAGUUUGAAGGAGGACCCUGCACUGUCAUUGCUCCUGUACAGGCCUUCCUUCUGAAGAACAUCUUGUUUAACAGAGAGAGUUCUAACUGGAGACACAUCACAGAGGAGGAGCAGAAAGCGGCCCUGUGUUCUACUCUGGCUGAGAUCCUGGAACAGGCCUGCUCUACCUCCUCCACUACCUCCUACUGCCUAGUGACCUGGGCCAAGGGACAGAGCCCCCACACUAACACUCACACACCCCUCACAGGGGGUCCAGAGACCAGCCAGAACCUGCAAGACCAGCAACCUACUGCUUUGUCUGCUGAGGAUCUUGGCUUUGAGCGGUUUCACAGCAUCCUCCAGAAGCGUAUUGUGAAGUCAUUAUCAGAGCUUAGAGAGGAGGUUGUGUCUCUCUACGAAACCUGGAAAGGGCUCUGUGGAGUCCUGCUCUUCCUCUACUCUGUCAUCCUCACCAAGGGGAUUGUCACAGCGACGUGUAUGCGGUAGGCGAAGUCAAGAGCAGGACACCGAGCUACUGGCAGAAACUUUACUGGAUGCAGUGCAAAAAUACAAAGUACACAGGCAACCUCAAACAGCGAGGAAAUAAUAAGACCCGCACACAUGGGCAACUGCCGCAAAGACCAAAACAAUUACGCACAAUACACAAUGAGAAACAGAGGGUUAUAAAGGGAACACAAUAAAACAUAAUGGGACAGGUGUAAACAAUAAAGACCAAACAAGACAAACAUCGAAACAUCGAUCGGCAGCAGCUAGUACUCCGGGGACGACGAACGCCGAAGCCUGCCCGAGCAAGGAGGAGGAGCAGCCUCGGCUGAAUCCGUGACAGGGAUAGAGAACAUCAGGAAUGAGAUUGAAGAUACUACAGAGCCUCUCAUAGAUCCAGUCUAUGGCCACGGCAGUCAGAGUCUGGUUAACCUGUUAGUGACGGGCCAUGCUGUCUCUAAUGUGUGGGACGGAGACAGGGACUGCUCUUGCAUGAAGCUCCAUGGUAUCCACAACCAGGCAUCAGUGGGCUUCCUCUCUCUCAUGGAGUCACUACGCUACUGCAAGGUGGGUGCGUUCCUGAAGUCUCCGAAGUUCCCUAUAUGGAUCCUUGGCAGUGAGACUCAUCUCUCAGUGUUCUUCGCCAAGGAGAUGUGUCUGGUGGCUCCUGAGUCUCCAUCUGAACAGGCCAGGAGAGUCUUCCAAACCUUCGACCCAGAAGAUAACGGCUUUAUUCCAGACUCUCUGUUGGAGGAGGUGAUGAAGGCACUAGACCUCGUCUCAGAACCCGAAUACUAUGUGAAUCUGAUGAAGAGUACGUUGGAUCCAGAGGGCUUGGGGAUCGUGCUGCUGGCUCCGUUCCUCCUGGAGUUCUUCCCUGAUCAGGAUACUGGAAUCCCAGACUCCUUCCCUGUCUACCACUACAAUGGCCUGAAACAGUCCAACCACAACGAGAGGGUGGAGUAUGUGCAGGGUACAGCCCUGGUCCUGGGCUUUGAGGAUCCCAUGGUGAGGACAGACGACACUCCAGUGAAACGCUGCCUCCAGACCAAGUGGCCCUACAUAGAAUUGCUGUGGACUACUGAACGCUCUCCUUCACUUAACUAA